AUGUUCUUCGUGCUGAAUUUCAGGAGUCGGAUAGCAUACAACAGAUGGUGGGAGGGAGGAACCUUGCUGCAACAAACCCGUGGCGAGUGGUUCAACGGCUAUAGCAGUCUCAUCGCUUUCAGCAAUCCGAGCCCGGACAUGGCAAAGAAGGUGGAAGAAUUCCAGCAUCUAUUGGUCCGUCUUAUGAGCAUGCUCUACUGCUGCGCUCUACAGCAAGUUUCCCCAGACAGAGACAGGCCCUUCGAGAUCCUAUCCCCAGAUGGCGUUGACCCGGCCAGCUUGCAAAUGCUUGCUCUCACAACCGACAAGGUUGAAAUCAUCCUGCAAUGGAUCCAGAGAUUAAUUACGCUCAGUAUGCAAAAUGGCAUCAUCGUGGUGGCUCCCCCUGUGGUCACACGAGCCUAUCAAGAGUUGUCACGUGGAAUCGUGAAUUUGCAGAAUGCUAGAAAGAUCGCGGACUUUCCCUUCCCAUUUCCCUUUGCACAAGCGAGCAUGGUGAUGCUCUGCCUGCAUUGGGCUGUCGUCCCUAUACUUUGCAGCUUUCUGCUGAACAAAGUUCUGGCAUCAUGUGUGUCCUUCGCAGUCAUUUGCUUUUUGUGGUCGCAGAAUUUCAUUGCUCUUCAACUGGAAUCGCCGUUCGGUUCAGAGCCGAAUGACCUGCCCAUGCAGCAGAUGCAAAUGGACUGGAACACCAGUCUCCGCGCCCUGAUGAACCCGCAAGCGCAGAGACCUCCCCAGUUUAGCUUUGACCGUGAACGGCAUCGCCACUUCACCGUCAUGAUGUCCAAUGGCACAAUGCCAGAUGGCUCGAUUGCAGUACCUCCUAGUCCCGAACGGUGA